ACACACACCCAUCUUACUCACGAGUGCUCUUUACGAGAGUAUCUCUUUUACACACAUUUUCACCUAUGUGUAAUCCAAACACCACCCCUCCCACCGCCGUCUCCAUGAAAACUUCCGAUCACCACCCUCCUCCUCCACCACCCCCACCACCUCAUUUUUACCUUGACCUCCAUUCUUUUCCAUUAACACCCAAAUCCCAUUUUGAUCAUCAAAACCCAAAAAAUAACAACCAAAAAAUCAACAAGACCAAAAACAACAUAGUAACCACUACUAUCAUAGUACCAACACCGAAUGAAAUAUUUAAUGAAACAAAAGCCUUAUUUAAAUUAUCUUCACCUAUUGCUUUAACCGCUUUAAUUUUGUACACACGGUCCAUCAUAUCCAUGUUAUUUUUGGGCCAACUCGGUGAAGCCGAGCUGGCUGCUGGCUCAUUGGCUAUAGCCUUUGCCAACAUUACCGGCUAUUCUGUUUUAGCCGGUUUAGCACUCGGUAUGGAACCGCUAUGCUCACAAGCAUUUGGGGCCCAUAGGCCCAAAGUGUUAUCUAUAACUUUACAUCGGGCCGUUAUUUUUCUUUUAGUGGUUUGUGUGCCGAUUGCAUUUUUGUGGCUCAACACGGCCUGGAUUUUGAUAUAUUUACAUCAAGACCAAAACAUUGCACGUGUGGCCCAAACAUAUCUUGUGUUCACCUUACCAGAUUUGGUAUCCAAUUCAUUUAUCCACCCGACCCGGAUUUACCUUCGGGCUCAAGGCAUUACGGUUCCUUUGACUCUAGCUUCCUUCAUUGGCACGUUACUACAACUGCCAUUGAACUAUUUGCUUGUUUAUCGAUUCGGGCUGGGUGUCGUUGGGGUGGCGAGUGCUUCCUCGAUAUCGAAUUUCGUGGUGUUGGUUUCGCUUGUUUUUUAUGUUUGGUGGACUGGUUUGCAUUUACCCACGUGGACGAGCCCGACCCGUGAAUGUUUAACCGGGUGGGGCCCGUUGGUUAGGUUGGCAGCACCGAGCUGUGUCUCGGUCUGUCUCGAAUGGUGGUGGUAUGAGAUCAUGAUCGUCCUUUGCGGUCUUUUGGUUGACCCGAAUGCGACCGUUGCCUCCAUGGGGAUUUUGAUUCAAACUACGGCUUUGUUGUAUGUUUUUCCAUCUUCACUUAGUUUCGCGGUUUCAACCCGGGUCGGGAAUGAGCUCGGGGCAAACCGGCCCGAUAAGGCCCGAGUGUCAGCAAUGGUGUCAGUAUUUUUUUCUGGAUUAAUGGGGAUAUCUGCAAUGAUAUUUGCUACGUCAAUGAGAGAAAAUUGGGGUAGGAUGUUUACAAAUGAUUUAGAUAUUUUAAGAUUAACUUCUACGGCCCUGCCUAUCAUCGGGCUUUGUGAGCUCGGAAACUGUCCCCAGACAGUUGGAUGUGGGGUUGUGCGGGGCACAGCCCGACCAACCACUGCAGCCAACGUGAAUCUGGGGGCAUUUUAUAUUGUUGGGAUGCCAAUUGCGGUGGGGCUUGGGUUUGGGCUUGGGGUCGGGUUUAUCGGGCUUUGGCUCGGGUUACUUUCGGCCCAGGUUUGUUGUGCAGGGCUGAUGUUAUAUGUGGUAGGGACCACAGAUUGGGAGCAUCAAGCAAAAAAAGCAGAGAUGUUAACAUGCAACGGAGGUGCAGUUGGAGGAGAUAAAUCUUUGGAUUGUGACAUUGAAAAUCAACCAUUGAUGUCUAUAAUGUCAUCUUCAUAACAAAUUUUAACAACAAAAAUGAAAAGAAAAAAAAAAAAUAGUGUCAAAGUUGACAAUGAUAUAGAGGACCUCAUCUUGAGGAUUAUAAUUA